UGUGGCCUUAGUGGUACCUAAAACAGACCAUUUGGCUCGCUUUCACAUAACUGGGGAUGAUCGGUGCCCCCAAAAUCUCAUCAGGAAUAUCCUAGCCCUUCGAUAUGUGGCCUGCAGAUAGUUAAGGGUGGCAAUGGGGGGCAAGCAACCUGUCUAGACCAGUGAGCCUGACCCAACUUCAUACGUGAUACGUGCAUGUUAUACAUCCGACAAAUAUGCCAUUCUUAUCCUUGAUUUGAUGUAGACUGUUGAUUUCCUUUCUAUGUGUAGUUAUUGUGUGCGUGGUGCACUUCAACGACCUACGGAUGGAAACAUUCAAGUGGGAAAGAAGGAAUCUUAUCAAUUUUCCGGAUGGGUCGUGUCUGACCCAGUAAUUAUUUGGGUGUAGGCGUGGGCUUGGAUUUGCUGUGUAAGCCCAUGUGUGUGGUUUGGUCUGGUCUAGCUUUGACCUUAAGUGUUGAGCUGGGCCGGAGCCUGGCCUUUCUUGGCCACAAACCAUGGCCAUUGCAACUCCAACCAAAUAGAGUUAUUCAGAUAGUGUAAAUAUCUUCACAUUGAACCCAAAAGGGCCCAUUGGUGAUUGGGUCCAAAUCUGGGAGUGAUAUUCAAGUGAUCCGAAUUGUGGAUUACUGAACGAUAUUCCCAUUUGUUAGAACCUGAUAACACGACAGUAGACUAAGAUCGUUGUCCAGUGGAUGAUUGGUUCUGAUCUCGGAGGUCUACCCGCAUGUAAGUUGGGCAUUUGAUGCUCUGGCGCAGUGUGAUGCUCAAUACAGAAGCACUCACAAAUUGUAAACGUGGAAUCCACCAGUUCAAAUUGAUCCGUACAAAUUGUGAAAUACACCACUGUAAAAUAGGCUAUAAUCCAAGAAUCAAAUUGUUCCGACAAUCCUAACCACAAUACGUGAAGACUUGUUUGCUGAAAUAGGACCUUUGCCAAAUUUUCAUCGUCUCCGUCCGUUAGGUGUCCACCAAUUGCUUUGUUAGGCUAUCAUAGGACUGUAACCUACGGUUUGUAAUCCAUCUAAACUGGUCCAGACUAUUUGAGAGGUUUAAUAUUGGUAGGGCUGUCAACUGACCGGGUGCACUCAAUGGAUACUCGGACCCAGACACCCUGAUGAGCUGGGUAUAGGUGUAGCCAAAUAGGUACAUGUGUGGAUUUUUAUUUUUUUUUCUUUUUAGCACGAUUAAUGAAUUAAUAAAUUGGUCAGGUGUGGUAUGUGGGUGUGACUAACCCAUAUCCGAACAAAACCCUAAUCCAAUUAUAUAUAAAAAUAAAUUAUAAAUAAUAUAUUCUAUUUAUUAAAAUAGUAAACAUGGGUGUGCAUUUCAGGCCUAUAUGGGUAUGGUGCACUACCCAUUGGUGAUUAUGGGUACCCAAACCCUGCCCAUUAACAUCCCUAAUAUAGGCUAAAUUCAUUUCUCAUCUUUUUCCUUAUUUAUUUAUUUUUUUUUUAUACACCACAGCACCCACCACAUAGUCACUUAUCCCAUGAUCUCAGUAUUGAAACCGAGCCCGCGCAUUAACUAGCAUAUUCUACCAGAGUUACAGAUUUUUACUCUUUCGGUUUCACCUUGCCUGGAUGGAUCUAGAUUGCAAGCUAGCAUAGUCCAGGAUCAACGUUGAGAUGGCUAGGAUCGUCCAAUCGAUUUGGAUGGCUCAGAUUGUUGAUAAUGGGUCCACCAAGAGCACGCCACGUGUGCGGUUGAUAAUACAUAGAUCAUAGACCGCGGCUCACAAAGAUAAGGCUGAGAAGGAAAGCAAAAGGAAAGAUGGAGAAGAAAGCGCGCGCGAAGCAAAGGCAAAGACAACGGUCCGCAAUAGCAUGGCUUCUGCCCUUCCUCCUCCUCCACCUUCAAUCCUUUCCAAAACCCAAACCCAAGACUACAAUCGCUUCAUCUCAAUCUCUAAAACUAAACAAAAUCAUCAAAUUCUCCAUCCAUCCCAAGAAUCCUCCCACCCCCAAAACGCCUCAAACCCAAAGAAACCCACGAUCCAAUCCCGCCUCAGCCAGCUAUGCAAAGAUGGCCGCCCAGACCUUGCCCGCCGCAUGUUCGAUGCAUUGCCCCGCCCCAACACCCUCCUCUGGAACACCAUCAUCAUCGGAUUCGUCUGCAAUGGUAUGGCCCACGACGCUCUACGUUUCUACGCCUUCAUGAUGAGCUACCCUGCCCCGGCCAAAUCCGACUUUUACACUUACUCUUCCGCCCUCAAGGCAUGUGCAGAAACCCGGCAGCUGAAGUUAGGAAAAUCGAUCCAUUGCCAGGUGAUCCGCACUCAGUUGAAGCCCAGCAGAAUCCUCAGCAAUUCCCUUCUUAGUAUGUACUCUACCUGUUUGAGUGAAAUGGAUCUGAAUUUUCCUUGCGGUGACGUAUCUCAGAAGCUGUUUGAUAGAAUGCGUAAGAAGAAUGUUGUCACUUGGAACACCAUGAUUGCUUGGUACGUCAAGACUGGACGGCCGCAUGAAGCCCUGCUGCAGUUCAAGAUAAUGAUUGAUAUGGGGAUAAAACCGACGGUCGUCAGCUUCAUCAACAUCUUUCCAGCAGUUGCGGUGAUUCGAGAUGUAAGAAAUUCGGAUGUCCUCUACGGCUUGCUUCUCAAGUCAGGUCCUGAUAAUGCCAAUGACUUGUUUGUUGUCAGUUCUGCGAUCUUCAUGUAUUCUGAGCUCUCGGAUGUUGAUUCUGCAAGAUGGGUUUUUGAUUGCUCUGUAGAGAAGAAUACGGAAGUUUGGAAUACAAUGAUUGAUGGGUAUGUCAAGAAUGACCGUCCCGAUGAUGCUCUCCAUCUUUUCCUUCAAAUUCUUGACUCAGAUCAGAUUGUUCCUGACACCAUUACUUUUCUCGCUGCCCUAAUGGCAGUUUCACAAAUUCAGCGGUUGGAAUUUGGGCAACAAAUCCAUGCUUAUGUGAUUAAACAGUUGUCUCCAUUGCCUCUAAUUCUUUCAAACGCACUUAUAGUUAUGUAUUCAAGGUGCGAUGCUGUGGAAACGGCCUUUCUAGUCUUUGAUAAGAUGGUUGAAAGAGAUAUUGUUUCAUGGAACACCAUGGUUUCUGCAUUCGUACAAAAUGGCUUUGACAUUGAAGGUUUGAUGCUCGUCUAUGAGAUGCAGAAACAGGGUCUUUUUAUUGAUUCAGUAACAGCAACUGCUUUGCUUUCGGCAGCAUCAAAUCUAGGCAGUUUGAGAUUUGGAAAGCAGACACAUGCUUAUCUCUUCAGGCAUGGAAUCAAAUUCGAAGGAAUGGACAGUUAUCUUAUAGACAUGUAUGCGAAAUCCGGUUCAAUUGAAUCUGCACAACGGCUAUUCAAAAAGAAUCAUAUUCAUGAGAGGGAUCAAGUCACUUGGAAUGCCAUGAUUGCAGGAUACGUGCAAAAUGGGCAGAUUGAACAGGCGAUUGCUGUUUUCCGGCAGAUGCUUGAGCAAAACCAGCCACCUAAUUCUGUGACACUUGCAUCGGUCCUCCCUGCAUGCAACCCAACAGGAGGCACUGGUGCAGGUAAACAGCUUCAUGGCUUUGCUGUCCGCCACUUCUUGAAUGGGAAUGUCUUUGUUGGCACUGCUCUGGUGGACAUGUAUUCGAAAUGUGGCGUGAUAGAUUAUGCUGAAAGGGUGUUCAAUAGGAUACCAGAGAGAAAUUCGGUCACUUACACCACCAUGAUAUCAGGUUAUGGUCAGCAUGGGCUUGUCGAGAGAGCUCUAUCAUUGUUCUAUGCAAUGCCAAAGGCUGGAAUGAAACCUGACACUAUCACCUUCGUUGCGGUCUUGUCAGCUUGCAGCUAUGCUGGAUUGGUUGAUGAGGGUCUCAGAAUAUUUGAGUCUAUGGAGAAGGAAUAUGGGAUUCCUGCAACGCCUGAACAUUAUUGCUGCAUUGUGGACAUGUUAGGGAGGGCUGGGAGGGUGGCGGACGCCUAUGAGUAUGUUAGAGAGAUGGGUGGUGAUGGAAAUUUGGUGGGAGUCUGGGGGUCAUUGCUUGGGGCUUGUAGGAUUCAUGGAGAGUUUGAAUUGGGGAAGUUGGUCGCAGAAAGGCUGAUUGAGAUGGAGAGUGGAAAGGAUGUGGGGGGGUAUCACGUUUUGCUGUCAAAUAUCUAUGCUGAAGAAGGAAAUUGGGAGAAUGUUGACAGGGUGAGGAAAGGGAUGAGAGAGAAGGGUUUGAGGAAGGAGGCUGGGCGUAGUUGGAUCCAGGUUGGUGGUAUUGUGCACUAUUUCAUGUCUAGGGACCAAAGGCACCCCCGACGGGAUGAGAUAUACACAAUGUUGGAAGAGUUGGUUGUGGAGAUGAAGGCAGCCGGAUAUGGGCUUAGUGUUUGUUCAAACAUGGAUGAGGCGUUUGAGCAUGAGUGAGCUUUGUUCUGUUUUGGAGGAAUUCGAUGACAUUUAGAGCAAUGAACGAGGAUUUGUUGAGCAAUUUGCAGGUGAGUGGAUUGCUAGUGACUGGAGAAGUACAUGCGGAUGGAGUGGUUGAAGGAUUACAUGUGGGUGUGGUUUGGGUUCUAUCUGAUGUGGAAAAUGGAGUUCUCUGUGCUUGGAUAA